AUGACUAAUAAGAAUUGAAAUUUAUCAAAUAAACUUCUCAAAAACAUUCUUCAGUGUUGUGUGUUUAAAUUGAAAUCAAAAUAAUUUAACUUUCAAUUGAUUAUCAUGUUGUAAUUUUUCAAUAAAAUAACUUGUGUGUGUUUUUGUUUGAUGCAUUUUUAUUUUCAUGCAUCGAGAGGAGAGCAGAGCAAAGAAAAAGAUAAUAAAACACCUACACAAAACGACUCAUCUCUUUCUAGCAUAAAUUGAGUAAGAGUCGAACUGCUUCUGCUUGUGCGUUUCUUCUGUCAUAUUUUAUUUCGGAGUUGCUCUCGGUGGGUUCUUUUUCUCGCUCAUUCUUUGCAUUCAGUUGGAAAGCAGAGAUCGAGACAAGUUGAGUGUGAAUUUUUGUGUCUUCGCCGAGUGGGUGAAGAAAAGGAAAUAAAAAUAAAAUAAAUAAUUGCAUUGUGCAGUUAAAAUCAAUUAAACAAAAUAAAAGUGCAUUUAAUUUGUCAUUUCGAAAACAAAUCUGUCGAAAAAUAAAGAAAAUAAGUUUAAUUUGAAAUUAUUUUCAAGAUCCCUGACAAUCGUUUUCGUUACCUAUCCCUUUUCCGUCUCGUCGAAAAAGGAUUUUUUCUUGUGCAGCAGCAGGCAAGCAAGUAGAGUGCAAACGGGAUGACGUACUAUUUUCUUCCGUGUGUCUGAAUGAGACGAAAAGUCUGUAUCGUCUGGAAAAGGGGUUAGACGAACCUCCUUCCUCCUCUUAAUUUUGCUUGUGCUUGUGUACUAAAGAUUCAGAUUGUGAAUACUUUUCCUUGUCGUUUGCGUUGCGUUGCGUUUUGUUCUCCUAUAUUUUUGUUGUUUAAUUUUUAAUAUUUGCUUGCCUCGUGUGGCAAAUCUUGUCCGCGUCCGAGAGAUAGCAAUUUUUAAGGAUUAUCUUUAUCCUCCACUCGAAUCGAUUUCGAAUAACAUGGAUUCCUUGUCCUAAAAAGGAUAAAGCAGCAAAAUAUCUAUAACCCAACUAAGGACCCAAGAGGGCGCUUCCCAGAGCCAUAAAAUAAACUUUAAUCGACCGGUGAAGGAGACGACGACGAAGAACGACGGAUGAUUCGGAAAUUAGGAAAACAGAAGUGGAGAUAAGAUACAAAAAUCACUAAAAGAAUGACUAAAGAGGAGCCACCAAAAUAGAUUAAGAACAUUUAGUUAGUUUUAGAGACAGAACAAGAAGACACACACAACACAAUGUCCAAGUUACCUGAUAACGAUAACCAUCGGAAUGACAUCUACGAGAACUUGCCGUGCCAGGCAAUGUUCAAUGAGUCGGUGAGGAAGAUCAACAAAACGACUGCAAAUAAUUCGCUUCUAAUGAACAAUUGCAAUCAGAAUAGUCAUCGCGGAAAGCAUUCGACUCAGUUGAGUACCAAGGAGAUGCUAUAUGCAACUCCUCUCCGGAAAUCAGACCGAUAUAGGAGUGGAGAACGUAGUCGCUAUCACAGGACCUCCGGAAGCGGUGGUAGCAGCAGUAUUGACAUUGAUAAAAAUGAGAAGCUCACAAAUGUCAUGGAGUACAAAUUGCUCAACAAAGACAAUAAAUGUCGCAAUGGCAAUCCAGACGAUAUCGAGGGUGACGUUGUUGAUGAUGCUGGUACAUCAGCGUCUUUGACAUGUGCCAAUCAGUUGGAGGAUCGAAGGAUAUUGAAUUUCCUCAAAGACACAACUCAAAUUCAUAAGAAGAUGGAAAUCAUUGGAAGCAGGGAGAGAGAUUGCCCGAAUGCCAGUUUCUCCUGUUUGGCCAGAGAAGAGCAUUUUGCUAAUUUGGUCCAGCAGAACUUUAAUAUAGACACUCCACCCCUAUUGGUAGAUGAGCCAUUGAAUGAAAAUGACCAAAAAGAUUCACAAUUGGUAGAGGAAAACGAUGAAUUGCUGCCAGUGGCUGGUGAAGAAACCGUCGGUAAUUUGGAAGUGUUUAUGCAUAAAAAGCAAUCUCCAGAUAAAGAGGUGAAUGGAAUCAUUGCGCCUCCUGUAGUCAUAGGACUACCAACCAAACCGGUGUACAUACACAGAGAGUGGGUUCUUAAAAAGAUCGCUUUAUGCUUGGAACAACGAAAUGCUGGGAAAAAAGCAAUUCCAGGACUCCUAGGAGCUGCUGCAGCAGGUGCCAAGAAUGAAAUCGGUGCUGCAGCGUAUUUAUCUCGAUCAAAGGUUGCCGGAGCAGCCUCCAUGUACCACGGUUGCUUAGUCUUAGGAUCGAACGGUUCGGGCAAGACUUCUAUUUGCCAAGCGAUAAUGAAUGGAAAUUCCGGCACUAAAGGUAUUCUCAAUCGUAAACUUCUCGCUUGCUAUCUGAUCAAUUCCCAGAACCCCGAGUGCCAUAGCCUUAGUUUGUUCAUACGAAAACUAGUCCUGCAACUUCUAAGUCAUUCGAGUCUUAUCCACAAGGAGGAUAGUGAACGAUUAAUCGAGGAUGGUUUGCUUUUCCUCAAAAAGGAGGAGCAACAAAUGGAAUCCAAGCUAGAUGCGGCUAUGAAUAAUAUAUCAUUGGAAGAGAAUGCCGAAGAAAUCCUAAUCGCUGAACUCAAGAAGAGUGUGGAGCAGGAUGAAUUUCGUGAGCGACGAACUUCUACUUCGAAUGUAAAAAAAUCUAUGAUACGUCAGAAGUCCGCCCCCUCUCCGGAGCAACAUAAUCAAAUGCAUUCAGGUGGAAAGAAUUCUUAUUCAACUCAUCCACCAUCGACUUCCGGUCAAAAGAUAAGCAAAGAGAAUGAGAAAGAUGCUGAUGGUACAAAGGCGAGUCCUGGAAAGAAAAUUUCCAAGAUUCCCGUUGCUAUUAGCGCCAGAGUUGUGCCAAGUCCAUCAUCGAAAGGCAAUAGCAACUCUAUUCAGCAGGGUGGCGGUGAAGAUAUUGCUGAAGUGGGUGGAGAUGAGAUGCAAGACGAGAUAGCUGCCGCCAUAAACGAAGAUGAACAACCUGAAGCUGAAAAAUCUGAAGAUCUGAACAAUCUUAUCGAUUUUAAAGAAAAAACUGAAAGCCAAUGUGAAAUAACUCUAAUAAUUGGAGAAAAUCAUUCUGAUGUGGCAUCCAGCCUCCCACCGCCUUUGCCCAAACCAAAGAGUUGCCGCACCACAAUAGCAGAUGGCUACUAUGAGAUGUUGAUAUCCAAUCCGGAGAUAUUCGAAUGUCUUAAUGUGGACAACAUCGAAAAGAAUCCUGAUGAGUGCUUUAAGAAAGCCCUACUCUUCCCUUUGUUGGAACUUACCCCGCCAAAGACCGCACUUCUGCUGUUAAUAGAUUCCAUCGAUGAAAACUACAUCAACGAAGGGAACCUGAUUUCCACCCUGAAGGGUCGCUGUUCGACAACCCAAAAGAGCAGAAAUGUAGCCGAGCUUCUCUCCAACCAUAUUCAUCUGUUUCCGAAAUGGCUCUUUUUGGUGUGCACCACAAAGAAGCAGACAAAACACAUCACAAAGAUGUUCACGGGCUUCAAGAAGAUCACCUUAGAUGAUCUGAGGAAGUCGCAUGUGGUUAAAGAUGUACAAGAGUACAUAAUCAAUAGAUUGAACUCAGAUUUCAAAGAUAGCAUUAUGCUGACUAAGGAAAUUAUAGAGUCCUUGCAUCAGCUGUAUAUCAAGUCUAACGGAUGCAUUCUCUAUCUGGAGAAGGUGCUGAAUGGCAUCAAGGAAAACUUCUUCUCAUUCCGAGAAAUCAAGUUGAUUCCUUGCACUCUGAACGGACUCUAUCUCUACAUCUGUCAGAAGUCCUUCAACAAAAAGCAAUACCUAAAAAUUCGGCCAGUCCUGAACAUCCUUCUAGCUUCGACAGGCUUCGUUGACAAACUGUUUCUCUUCAAUUGCCUGAGGACUCACAACUAUACCAUCGAUGUUGAUGAGUUCGAAAAGAGGUUACAGUUGAUGCGGAAUAUCUUGUUGUACGACAGUGGACAGAGACGAGUCAAAAUCUUCCACAACUCAUUCUGCGACUGGUUGGUCGAUGUGAAGUUCGCAACAAAGAAAUUCAUUUGCGAUGUUAACGAGGGGCAUGUUAUGAUCUCCAUGUACUACAUGCUCAUCAGCGAUACGUUGUGUGCUAACAGUGUGCGAAAAUUUGUCUACCACAUGAUCAAGGCCGGUGAAUAUCUCACAAACAGGGAUAUCAAUUUGGAUUUGAUCGUAAUGCUUUUGGAGUCGAGAAUCAACUUAAACGACUGCUUCUAUACAAACCACUUGAACUGCUGUUCGAUCUGUGAAUCGGAAUUCAAGAAUGAUGCUAAUUUUUUGCCAAAGACCAGGAACAUGCUGGAAAAAUUUCUGGGUAAUGAGCUAAAUGAGGAGUUUGCCACAUUUUUGUGCGACUUUUUUAAGCCUAGUUUGCCGACAGAUGCUAAGAUCUUGAAGUUGCUCAUCGAGACGGGCAUAAAUAAUGCUGAUUCACAGACAUCAUGUGACUCCUCGCUUAUGUCACCAGAACUUUCGGAAAAAUCUCAAAACAUUGAUUUUGAACUUGCUGACUUGUUGUUGUCUAGUGAGAAAUCUUGUUUGGUUGAGACUCAACGUCCGACAAGCCCAUCAGAAAAAAGUGAACCACCCCAUCCCGAUAGUCAAGAUGACAACAACAGUACCCUCCAUCAGCUCUCGGACUCGAAUCGCAUCGAACUUCACAAAGGUAAAGCCUUAAUUCACAUUCUUGCAAACGAUGGAAACCAUCAGCUAUUGGAGCGAGCUCUGAAUGCUUGCAAGGGUCCUAUUGAUCUCGAAAUAGAGGAUUAUAAUGGACAGACAGCCCUUAACAUUGCCUCUCGCAAUGGUCAUUUGGAUGUGGUUAAACUUUUACUUGGGUUCACUCAAACUUCUCCUGAGGUAACUGACCAUAUGAAGCAUGUCGAUGUAAACCAUGCCGAUCGUGACGGAUGGACUCCACUGCGAUCAGCCUCUUGGGGUGGUCACACUGAGGUUGUCAAACUGCUAAUUGGCUACAGUGGUUGUAAGAUUGACUUGGCUGAUAAGGAGGGUCGGACAGCUCUUCGAGCGGCUGCGUGGAGUGGCCAUGAGGACAUCUUAAAAAUUCUCAUCGAAGCUGGUGCUGAUGUGAAUUCAGUGGAUCGUCAGGGAAGAACGUCAUUGAUUGCUGCAUCUUAUAUGGGUCACUAUGACAUUGUGGAGAUACUACUGGAAAAUGGCGCCGAUGUGAAUCACCUCGAUUUGGACGGGCGCAGUGCACUGUGUGUCGCCGCGCUCUGUGGAUCCUCCGGCUAUAGUAAAGUUAUUUCUACUUUGCUGGAACAUGGUGCAAAUACCGAUCAAUUGGAUAACGACGGAAUGUCUCCAUUGCUAGUCAGCUCCUUUGAGGGGAACGCUGAAGUGUGUGAACUGCUUUUAGAGAACGGUGCUGAUCCCGAUUUGGCUGAUUUUAUGGGCCGCACUCCCCUCUGGGCCGCCUGCACUGCUGGUCAUGCAAAUGUCGUCAAACUUCUGCUCUUUUGGGGCUGUGGCAUUGAUUGUAUGGACUCAGAGGGUCGAACAGUUCUAAGUAUCGCUUCGGCACAGGGAAAUGUUGAGACAGUACGUCAGCUGCUAGAUCGAGGACUCGAUGAGACGCAUCGCGACAAUGCCGGUUGGACACCACUGCACUACGCCGCUUUCGAGGGAUUCCAUGACGUUUGUUUGCAAUUGCUGGAAUCUGGUGCCAAAAUUGAUGAAUGCGACAACGAAGGCAAGACAGCUCUUCACCUUGCUGCCCAGGAAGGCCGGGAUAAGUGUGUUCAAUGUUUGUUAGAAAUCCAUUGUGCGUUCAUUGACCAGAAGGCUCAUGAUGGCAAGACUGCCUUUAGACUCGCCUGCAUUGAAGGUCAUUUGGAUUGUGUCCAAAUUUUGUUAAGGUUCAGCUGUGAUGUGAAUUCAAAAGAUGCCGAUUCAAGGACAACACUCUAUAUCUUAGCAUUGGAGAAUAAGCUGGAUGUGGUAAAGUAUCUGUUGGAUGUGACGGAUGUUGACGUGAAUAUACCAGACAGCGAAGGCAGAACUGCAUUACAUGUAGCAGCUUGGCAAGGUCAUGUUGAUAUGGUCAAAUUGUUGAUUACAAUGGGAAACGCCGAUGUUAAUGCCAUGGAUCUGGAGUGCAGAUCUCCUCUGCAUUCUUGUGCCUGGCAAGGAAAUCACGAUGUCAUGGGCAUUCUUCUCUAUUUCGGUGCUAUGGCCGAUCAUGCUUGCAAACAAGGAGCCACAGCUCUUGGUAUCUCAGCACAGGAGGGACACGAAAAGUGUGUUACUAUUCUUCUUAAAUACGGUGCCAAUCCAUACAAAUCCGACCAUUGUGGUAGGACACCCAUCAAACUUGCAGCGAAAUCCAAUCGCAGUAACAUUCUUAAAAUCUUCGAAGGCUACACUAAAACAGAUGAGUCUAACAAUAUUGAUCCAACGAAAUUCCACCCGAGCAUGUUAAGGUCACCGGACAAUCCUCCACCACAAGGAUUCCUACCGCACCCAUCAACCAAUCAACAGUCCUCCCCGGCUGCCAUAAUCGGCAAUAACAGUCUAAUGAUACCAAAUAAUAACAAUAUGCAAUCGCCGAACCUCCUCAAUGCAUCCACCUCGACGCACAGUAGCAACAAUUUUUACGAAAAUACUAUGCAAUCGGACACGAGCAGUCUGCAGAAGCGCAAAAGUGUAAUCUCUAGUCAGUCAACAGGAAGCAGUAAUGAGGCUCCACUUACAUUUACACAGCAGCUACAACGGCAAACAAAACUCAAUUCUCGCAAUAAUCCUUUUGUGCAGAAUGCACCAGUAGUCAGCUCGAAAUAUCCAAAAGGACACCAACGACAUUCACAGCUGUUGCCAGAUUUAAGUGAACAUCAAAUCAAUAUGGCAGCAUCCAAUGAGGCAGACAUGUAUGAUAUGGAAUGUAUGUCGCCGCUUUAUGCCACUCCACCACACUCACCCAGUAGUGAACUGAGUUCACCCGGACAAUUGCCGUCGAUUAAUGCUUUCGAAGAAAUCGGUGGUGCAACAAGUUGUACCAAUCGCUCAACCAGUGCAGGAGGAGGAAGCAAAUCAUCUUCCACAGAUAACCAUUUCGCUCGAGAUACACAUAUGCGAAUCAUUUUGGGAAAUCUUAAAGAUACCAGUCAGUCAUCUUCAAACAACAAAUCAAAACGAAGCGGUAUUGCAACAAAUCCUGCAAUGAGGAUGAUUCGUAGUCGAUUCGAUUCUGCCGCUCAGUUGAUUCGACGAACAAACAACAUGCUAAGCAUCUCAUCCAGUAAUAAUCAGGGUUCGUCGAGUAUUGGCGUUAAGUCUGGAACUUUUCAGUGGCGCAAAGAAAGCCAAAUGUAAAUGUCAGCAACUUUUGCAAUUCAUAACAAUUAUGAUCAUGUGUGCAUGGUUUGAUCAUCUUAGAUUAUUAUUUAGCAUUUUAUGGUUUUUAAUUCUUUGUUUGUUUUUCUACGUAAGAAACACAACCUGAUAGAAAAAAGUGUUUUUGUGAUAGCUCAAAAUUUUGUUUGUCCUCAUAUUUAUUUAUUUUAAUUUUAACCAACAUAUAAAAAUAUAAUAAUAAUUGAACACUUAGUAGCUCUUAGAAGUAAUUCUCACAUUUCACAUAUUUAAGUCAUUCUUUUUUUACACAUUUUAGCAUUGAUUUGUUAAAAAAAAUGUUUAAACUUAGAUCAUAAUUAUUACCAUUUUUUAUUUCUAAUUUUUCUACAUUGAGUUUGUUUAACUCAUCAUUAAAAAAAACAAUACGUAUUACGCCUAAAGUAUAAAUAUAUAUUUAAAUACAAACAAAAAACAACUGAUAAUUUAUAGUUUAUAAACAUUGAAAACAAAUACUCCUUUAAAUAAAAGACCAAAUGUUGAAACAUUAAGACAGAACUUAACUGCACCGAGUAGAGAAAAAUAAAUAGAACUACAUUCAUAUGCAUUUAUUAGUAUUUCAAUUAUUUUAGAAAGAAAAAAGGAAAAAACAAUUACAAAAACUUUAGAGGCCUAUCAUUUAAUUUCAAGUAAAAUAAAAAAAUGCAUUAUCUGAACAUUUAGAUUACAAAAACAAAAAAAAACACAUUACAAUAAUCAUUUAAUCAAAAUGAACAAUAAAUACAAACAUAAACAUAAAUAUGUAACUUUAAAUUAUUUAAGCAAAUCAAUGAUCGAUUUUAUUUCAUAAUAAAAAGAAAAAAAAAAAAGCAAUUUAUUUUAUAGAUACUUUUAGCGUUUAAAUUCUCAUUCAACUAUAUAUCGCGAUAUAAACUUAAAUUAUAUUCAUACAAAGUACUGAUUUAACAUUUUAAACAAAAAAGAAUAAAUAUAAAACUAAAAUACUAUAUGCAAAUGAUUUUUUUUUUUUGUCUACAAUACAAUACACUUUUUAUGAACAAUUUUUUUAAAUACGGUGUUGAUUUAAAUGCAAAAGUUGUGGUUUUAUUUCUGUAUUCAAUUUCCAAUGUGAAAAAAGUAUAUUAUUUAAACUCGUAUAAUGUUUUAUUGCACGUUUAAAAAACGUUAUAUUUUUCAGAAGAUUUUAUUGCUCUGAUUUCGAAAACAUAUAUUUUUGUUUGAAUCGAAAAGCGAAGACUUAUUUACAAUAAAAGGAUAUAGGGUGAAGGCCUUGAUGCAAUGAUGACCAUUUUUCUCAACUUGGAUCAAAUUAUACCUUGAAAAAAUAUCUUGAGGUAAGAUUUCGAAAUUGUCAUUCAAAACCUUUUGUUGGCGCUCAAAUGGAGUUCUCUAUUUUGCUGAUGACAUGAAGAUUUUGUUAAAUAAUAAAGUCCACCCAUGAUCGUAUUCUUUUACAAGCCGACAUUGAUAGUUUCACAUUUUGGUGUGGAUUCCAGACGAUAGCUUUUACUAAAAAACGAAUUGGUAGUGUAUUUGAUUAUUGUAUAUCACAGCAAAAACUCUGUCGCGACUUCACAUUUAAAGAUUUAGGUGUUCAUUUCUGUUCCAACCUAGAAUUUAUACAUCACAUUCAUUUUAUUGUCAAUAAGGAAAGUUCUACGCUUAGUUUUAUAAAACGCUGGGCAAGGAAGUUCAAUGUAUAGGUUUUCUCCGACGACGCAAGAAAUUUUUUAAUCCUUCUGAUCUGGCUAAAUUGGCUUUUAUACGACCAAAACUCGAGUAUAAUUCUCACAUUUGGGCCGGUGCCCGAAUAACGUACUUGAGCCUUCUGGGUAGAAUCGAAAAGAGCUCUAAAAAUGAUAGAAGAUCGUUCUCUUACCGAGACAUUUUCUUCUCUUGAACACCGCCGCAAGGUAUCAUGCCUGUCAUUGUUUUAUCGAUAUUUUUAUAAUCAAUGCUCUAGUGAUAAAGCCAGUUGCAUUCCUUUCCUUAAACAGUUCAACCGUAAUACCCGUUCUGCUAGGAAUGGGCAUCAGUUAACCCUUGAACCCAGUUCCGGACGUACUGUUAAGUACAGAUAUUCUUUCUUUAGCAGCACUACACGAAUGUGGAAUGCUUUACCAGGCUCAAUAUUUCCCACACAUUACAAUGUACAGACAUUUAAAACAAAUGUGCAUCGAUUUCUCCUUUCUAAUUCUAUCCUCUUUUUCUAAUUGCUCGCACUGUGUUUAGUCAUUAUAAAGGAAUUCAUAAUCCCUUUAGUGCGCGCACAAUAUAAAAAAAAAAUGUCACUCUUUCUUUGUACAAUUGCCAUGUUUGCCCCCAUCUUGAAAAUUCUUCGUAAGUAUGGACUUCCUAUUACGAAAUUCAUAGAAAAUGUACUGAAUCAAUUUAACAUAAUUUUGUUCGCUUUGCCCUAAAGCGUCUUCCUUGGGAAGAUUCUUACUAUCUGCCUCCCUAUGAACAUCGUAUUCAGCUUCUUCAAAUGCAAUUUCGCCAUCAAAGGCGUGUUAAUAGUGAUUUGAUAUUGCUUCAUGAACUCAUUAAUGGGGAAAUUGAUGCACCUUAUUUGCUAUCCUGUUGCAUUUGAAUUACCGAGAUGGAACUCGUUACUUGCAGGAAUUUGAUUUCAUACAUAUUGGGCAGGUUCAAACGACAUAAGAGACUUGAAAGCAAGGCAAGUUUCCAGCAUCUGAUUGGCCACCUGCCAAAAAAUUACAUUCCAAUUAAGGCAACUUUAAUGGAAAGUUGACUGGAAAGUUAGUCAAGAAAAAUCUCCCUAGCUUUUAAGUCAAGUCUACUUCUUUCAAAAUGACAGUUAAUUAUGUAUGUUUAUUGAUUCAACUGAAAGCUGAACUUUAUUACUGUAUGAUUCAUUUAUUUUCUAGAAAACAUAAUUUAAUGCUUUCUGUAGAAAGGUUCCUUGUCAAUUGGGAAAAGAAAUAACUAAUUUUUCUUUACAAUACAAAAUUUAAAUCGUGAUGGAACUAUGGGAGGAAUAAAGCUUAAAGUUGAAUGAGCGUUUUAUAUAAUUUAAACUGUUCAUCAAUAGAUUUAAAUCCAAAUAAUGUGGGAUGAAAUUAUUGUCCAGAACCAGUGCUUCACUACCUUUAUUUUAUUUUUCGUGUUAGGCUAUAAUUAUAUAAUUUUCUUACUAACAACUAAAACAUGCACUUAUGAUGAGCCCUUGCUUGUAGUUUGACGCGGUCGCGGCGAACAUAGUUCUUUCUAUAUUCCAGUGAUUUGACAGCUUUCCACAAAUUUUGUUUGUUUUCAUUGAAUUUGUGAAACUUGCGAUGAUUUAUUCAAUAUAAAAUAUUAAAUUUAAUUUUAUUGUUGAUAGUGGAAAGAUUAUAAGAAAAUUAAAAUAAAACUAACUCACAUUUUUAUAUAUGUAGCUACAAUCAAGAAAGAAUUCACGAAAUCGAACAGUGAAUAAUGAUAAACACUCUUUCGCCUGCGGCCUAACUAUGAGGUUCGCGGCGGAUCGUUUUCAGUUCGAUCUUUUUAAUUCGACUCGUCUCGUAUUUCCCUAUUAACGAAUUCGCUGCAAAGCGAAAAUAGUUCUUCCUAUAUUCCAGUGAAUUGACACUUUUGGUUUAACUUUUUCUUCCUUUAUUCCAGUGAUUUGACAGCUUUCCACAAAUUUUGUUUUGAUUGAAUUUGUGAAAUUUGAGGUGAUUUAUUCAAAAUUUUAUAUUUUAUUGUGGAUAGAUUAUAAGAACAUUAAAAUAAAGCUUACUCACAUUUUUAUAUAAAUGCAAUCAAGAAAUGAUUCACGAAAUCGAACAGUGAAUAAAAUUAAAAUCUGACGGAUUUCAACUCGUCACCAAACAUUAUUAAAUUCGUUAAUUGGUCAAAUUCAAAACGAAGAGAGCGAAAGCAAUAAUUGAAAAAUAUCAAACUCGCUAGCAAAACGAUUCGCCGCGAAUCCCAUAUUCGUGCCCCUGGUUUAAAAAGUACGCAAUAUACAAUUAAAAGUUAAAUUAAAGGAUUUCACUAGCUGAAAAACAAAGCACUGGGUUUUUAUCGAAAUCAUUUAAACCAUCUUUAGUGUUUUACUAGAGAAAAGAAAAGGUAAACAACCAUUUCGAUCCUAACUUAGACCCUUAAAGUAGUCCUUGAAUUUAUGUAAUCUCAAAUAAUUCGUGAAGAAUUUGUUUAUUUAUAAAUGAAUUCACAGAUUCAUUGAUUGAGGAAAAAUUUUAAACUAAGACUCUAUAAAUAAAACGGACAGUUCAUUUAUGUUCUUAAGAAAGUUUUAAACAGCUUACUUACUUACUUACAGUGGCCCUACAAUCCUGUGUGAACUAGGGCCUCACCCAACAAACUUCUCCAUCUAGCUCGGUAACUAGCUAGAUGUCCCCAGUUUCGCACUCCAAGUUGGUCACUUUUCACUUGUGCGCGCCACAUAAUUUGCGGUCUUCCUUUACUGCGCUGUCCUAUGGGUGUGGAUUCGAAGACUUUUCAAGCCAGAGCAUUGGUUUCCAUGUGAUCUAAGUGACCCAGCCAUCUUAGUCCUUGGACUUUUACCUUUCUGACUAAGUCUUCGUCACUGUACAGCUCGUCGUUCCAUCUUCUAUACUCCCCUUCGAUGCAUACGGGACCGUAGAUUACACAAAGAACUUUUCUCUCGAAACGACCCAAGGUGCUUUCAUCCACUAUUGUCACAGUCUAUGCUUCUGCACCGCAUAGCAGGACGGAGAUGGUAAGGGUCUUAUAUAGCGACACUUUGGUCCUUCGAAAGAGGGCCUUGCCACUCAAUUGCUUUCUUAGCCUAGUUAAGAAACAGCGGUUAGCAAGAGUUAUUCUUCGUUUAUAGCGGAGCCUAGUGAGAUGAAGUCCUUGACUACCUCAAAGUUACGUCUGUCGAUGGUGCCGUUUGGACCAAGACGUCGGUGUUGUAGUUCCUUUCUUGACGACAGCAUGUAUUUUUCUUUGCCAUUAUUAACCGUUAAACCCAUUUUUGACGCAUAUGCUUCAAUACUCACAAAAGUCCCAUUAACAUUACGCUGGGUUCUUUCGAUUUUGUCAAUGUCAUCACUCAUCAGUAUAUGCUGGUAAUGGGACAGAGUUUUGAAAGAAAGUGCCUCUAGUGUUGACGUUUGAGAUCUGCACUAUUCGUUUUAAACAGCAUUGAUAUGAAAUACUAUUAACAGUUAGGUUCUACAUUUUACUUCACUCGAAAUGUAAUAGAAAACGAUUCAAAACAUAAAUUGGAGUUCUGGAAUUCACUUUUAUCGAAAUUGAUUUAAUUUAUUCGAACUUAACACAUUUUUCGAACUUUUAAAUUUCUAUUUUCAAUUGAUUUGAAUCCGACCAGAUUAAGUUGGAGUGAUUUGAAUUCACUUAGAGGAAAUAAACCUAAGCUUUUGUAUAUAAUGAACAUGAUUCAUGAGAAGUUGCAACUUCUACCUAAUAUUUGGGGAAAAAGGCAAAGCAUUCACAAUGAUUGUUCAAUACACCAAAUGCCUUUUCGAUAACAUUUUGAGUAAAACAAAGAGAAACUAUACUUCCACACCAAAGUCUUUCAAACCGAUAUUUGAAAACUACUUAGCAUCAACGCAAUGAUGUUAUAGACUGAUGUGAUGUAUGUCAGCUACUUUAAUUUGACUUAAAGUGAUUUCAAAGUUAUGAAAUCCAUCAAUUGAUAGAACUCUGAAAAUAAUUUUACUCGAUUUGAUUAGAUUUCAUUUCACUAGAUUUAAGCAAUUUAGAUGAUAAUAUUUUAAUAAAGGUUCAAAUUCUGUUCACCGAAAAGAAAAAAACAAAAUAUUCAUGAAACCUUCAGAUAUUUGAAUGGAUUAUAAAUAAAUACUAAGAUACUUCAAAUUUUUACGGAAGAGAUUCGAAUGUCCUUUGUAUCAACUUCAAAAUAUUCAAAAACGGAAAAAGAACCAAUUUUAUUCAUAACCGAAUUAUUUCUCGGCCGAGUUCUUCAAUUUUAUAAUCCACUCUUGUGGUUCAUCCUUCCUGGAUGCAUUCAUAUUUGUACGCCUUUAGAAAAUCAAAGAAUACUGAAUUUGUUAAAGUUAAACUAGCAUGAUAUAGAAAAUAUUCUAAGAUGAUUUAAGCUUUUGCCGAGUAUGAAACUUGCUAUGGACCAUUCUGCAAUUCUUCAUGCAAAAAUUAUGUAAGAAAUAAAAGUUGAAGAUUGAAUUUUUAACAAAAUGAGCAAUGUUGUUAAUGUUCAGUUGGUCUUAUUAAAAUAUUCUCAAUUUAUUUAUUUGUUGUUUGAGAAGAAUUGUGUUUGAUAAUAUAAGAUGCUAACUAUUAUAUGAUUUUACAUAAUGAUUGGCUAGGUAAGGAGUGGUACUAUUAUUUUGGUAGCUUAGAUGUUUAUGGUCGAUGAGAACCAUGAAACAAGUUUUGAAGAAAAGAAAGUAGGCAUUUCAAAAGGAUUCCUAAAUCAAAGAUUUUUCCACACAGCCUUUGCAUUUAAAUCAAUGAACAAAAAUCGAACAAACAUAGUAUACAAUAUUACAAAGUUAACAACACAACAACAAAAAAUUUACUACAGGUCGCAAAAAUUACAGUAAUUUACACAUACAAAAUUUAAAACAAAAAAAAAUUAAAAUAAAUAAAUAAAAAUAGCAGAAUAUAAUAUAUUUUAAGAGAAACUAUAAUUGAAACGAAUUUUUAGUGUUACUAGUGUUAAAAACAAAAGAAAAAAGAAGAGUAAUCAAAUGCAAAUUAUAAGCAAUUAUUUUAAUAUCUAAUUUAUGUACAGCAUACUGUUUUAAAUAUAUUUUAAGGCAAUUAGAAUAAUUUUUAUUGAUUGGCAAAUACAAUAACGAAAACAAAAAAACAAAAUAAAUUGAAAGAAAAUAAAUUAAAAAGUCAUAAGAUUAAAACAAAUUGGAUAGGAAAUAGAAAUUUUAAUUUAAUUUAUCAAAUUGAAAAAUUUUAAAUCCCUUAAACUAAUCAAAAAUAAAAUUUAACAAAAAUACAAAUUGCUCUCGUAAAAUGUGCAGCUGUUAAAAUUAAUAUCUGUUAACAAAAGUUAAAAAAUAAAUGUAUUCCAUUUUUUAAAGAACAAAAGAAAAAAUCAUUAAAAUGAAAAAUCCUGAAUAAUUUCUUUUUUAAUUAAACAAUUAAUUGUUAAAAAUGCUGUAUGUAUACUAAAACCUGACAACACAAUUAUAAAACUUGGGUUAAGAGAAGGAAAAACAGAUAUAAGUUUUCGUUAAGCAAUGGAAAAUAUAACAUUUAAAGUAUUUAUUUAUUGCAAUAAACUGAUUAAAAAAAUAAAUGUAUUAAACAAA